AUGGAAGAAGUAGAGAAGCUCCUGACUAUGGGCUGUAUUCAAGAGGUUUACUACCCUAAAUGGCUCAUAAACGUCAUCAUGGUAAAAAAAUCCAAUGGAAAGUGGAAGAUGUGUAUGGACUUCAUAGACUUAAAUAAGGCAUGCCCGAAAGACAAUUUUCCCCUUCCUAGAAUUGACCAACUCAUUGAUUCAACAGCUGGCCAUGAAUUACUAACCUUCAUGGAUGCUUUUUCAAGUCUUAAAGGCAUUGGUGUGAUUGUGACCUCACUUGAGAAGGACGUCCUUAAAUAUGGAGUUCAACUCCAAUUUCCAGUGACGAACAAUGAAGCAGAAUAUGAAGUGAUCCUCACCAACCUAAGGAUUGCAAAAGCUCUAGGAGUCAAGAAUUUGAAGCUGAAAACUAAUUCCAAGCUAGUUAUUGGACAAAUAACUAACAAGUAUGAAGCUUUAGAGGAAAGAAUGAAGAGGUAUCUGAAGCUAAUAAAUCAAUUGGUUGAUUACUUUGAUGAUGUCAAGUUUGAGCAAAUCCCGUGGGAGACCAAUUUAGCUAUUGGCGAGGCAGCUAAGUUAGCAUCGUCUGAAGACGCCCUAAAGAAGCACAGGCUAUAUAUGGAAAUUCAGACAAUCCCUAGCAUAGAGAGAUUACAAGCCUUCCCAUUUCAGCAGUCGUGCACCUAG